UGUAUGUACAGUGUAGUGAAUACUUCUCUUCUUCUGGCUUACACUUGGUCCUGUAAAUUAAUAUUAAAAACAGUAAAUUAUUCAAAGUAAUUAAGUGAUUUACCUUUUCAAUUGUGUUUUUAACUGUGUCUACAAUAUUCUGAUUCUUCCAGUUUAAUUUAUAAAAAUUAAUUUCUUUCAAUUUAAUGUGUCCCGAGACAUUAUUGGAUAUAUGUGCUAAAGUUGUUGCCUACUAUAUACCAUUUCAAAGGAUAGAAGAAAGAUGCCAGAGGAUACCUGAGCCUGUUCAGGCACGGAUUAUUUAUUGGUCAUUUCCUCGAAAUGAGAGGGAUAUAUGCAUGUACUCAUCUCUUUCUAGUGAUUUACUGAAUUGUCCUUCAAAUAAUGAUUCAACAUUAUCUGAGAUACCCUUUUACCAAGGGGUACGUCUUUUUGAAUCAGAAUCAGUGGAAAAUGUUUUACAAGUUGGCUUUCAUCUUAGUGGUGUGGUUACAGUCAAAUCUCCUCUCUCAAGUUCAAAUUCAAGUUCUUCACAAUCAAAUUAUUCACAAGGCGGUGGCUCUGAGAAACGUUAUCGUGUAUCAAUUACUUUUGAUAGAUGUAAGAUAACAUCAGUGACCUGUACAUGCGACUCAAAAGAUAUUUUCUGGUGUCAACAUGUUGUCGCAUUAACUCUAUACCGUAUUAGGAAUCCAAAUCUUGUCAAACUCAGAGUCCCCAUUUCCGAAACCUUGCUCCAAUUAGACCGUCAACAGUUACAAAAAUUAAUACAAUAUUUAAUUUCCGAGCAUCACACUGAAGUAUUACCUACUGCCCAGAGAUUAACUGAUGAAAUACUCCAAUCCCAUUCUAAUAUAAAUCGUAUUGCUGGAGCCCCUGACCCUACAGCUGGAUCGUGUGCUGAAGAUGAACACUCUUGGCAUCUUGAUGAGGAGCAAGUUAGUGAACAGGUUAAAUCUUAUCUGGCUCAGCCACCACACGCGCAAUUAGUUCGCAGUAAUAAACAGCUCAAUGCACUUUUUGCCAAAGUCAAGGAAAUGCUCAGAGCAAAAGACUCAAAUGCUGCACGAAUGUUACGGCUAAUAACUGAACAAUUCCUAGCUGACCCAAGGUUACCAGCUUGGAGGUUACAGGGUGUACCUGUAUCAGAAAAAUGUCGUCCCCUUUGGGAUCAACUUGGGUCAUUGUGGGUCUGUGUUGUAUUAAAUCCUCAUGCAACCAAUAGAGAAAGGCAACAUUGGAGAAAUUUACUCGAAAGAUGGUCCAAAUCUUCAGUAUGUCCAUUAGAAGAUGCAGUUUUAAGCCGUCAAGUGAGAAGAGGAAUUAAACGACGAAUCUCUGUAUUGGAAGAGUCAUCAACGGAUGAUGAUGAUGACGAGAACUUAAACAAUAAUAACAAUGAAAGAUCUAGACGUAAUCAUGCCAACCUUAGUAAUAGUAAUCAUAAUUCACAUUCUCGUCAAUAUGGUAAUGCUUCAUCAUCGCAACUACCUCGAACAAUAUUUCAUCGUGCUCUUGAAGCAAGCCUCCUACUCUGGGAUGAUACUCACCUUCGUUUUAUCCUUGAUAAUAAGAGCAAUAUGCCUUUCGUUCCACCACCAUCAUGCAGUAAUUCGGUAUUAUUCACAUCCAAAGGAUAUCCACUUUGGAAUGAACCAAUUCCAACUGCGUGUGCUCGGGUUGAAGCUCUUAGAUGUCAUGGUUAUAGACAGUCGGCUUUAAGGCUUGCUGUCGCUGUUGUGCGAACCAUGAGAAGACAACAAUUUGAGUGGCAAUGUAAAUGGCAACGAGAACAAGAUUUCGUAACAACUGCUUGCUCCAAUUCCGAUGUAUGCCCAAAUCCAAUUCACUGCAAUACCGAGGGAUGGCUUGGAAAUCCAUUAGAUCCGAUUGGCUCCUUAUUCGAUACGUUGGCUGAAGCCUCAUUAACCUUCGAUCAAAAGCCUCUCGAUCAUUAUUAUCCUCCUUUCCUAGGCGAAUCCUCUUCCCAAUCAUCAAGUGUAAAUAGUAGCCAUGUGCAAGAAGAACCUGCUGUACUAAACGUUUUAAAUCCAAUCUUCAAUAACGAUAAACCAAGGUAUCAACAUGUAGUGGUGCCUGGAAGUCAACAUAAUGAGACUUAUCUAAGCCUUGCGUUGGAGGCAGCUCUAAUUGCAUUGGGACAGCAGAGAUUGAUGCCACCUGGAAGUCAUGCUCAAGAAAAAGCUUUUAGACAAGAGAACCAACUUCUUAUGAAAUUGCAAGAUUUUGAUUUAGAUACUAAUUUGGUAGCAGUUUUACGGAAACAAGCUUUCCUUUUAUUAGAAGGUGGACCCUUUAGUGGGCUUGGUCGUGGAAUCCACCCAGAAAGCGUACCUAUGCAUAAUUUUGCUCGUUACCUGUUCACUGCUCUUUUACAAUAUGAUACUGAGCUUGCGUACAAUGUUGGCUUAAGAGCUAUGAGGCUUCCUAUACUUGAAAAUAAUGAUGAUUCAAGUGAGGCAGGCGGAGUCAGUCAUAGUAAUGUUAACGUGCGUAGUCCAAGAUGGCAUAUGCUCAAUCAGAUCGAGUUUCAACAGCGAACACUGGCUGCGACAAUGCUAUGUGCUGCCAAAAAUGACUUAGGUCGUCUUGAGAUGGUUCUCAAAUCGGCACAAAAAAAUAUUCAUAGUUAUGUGCAUUUGUUCAAAUUGGCAGAGAGUGCCUUGAAUACAGCUAUUCCUAGUGAUGGAAGACCUCGUCAUAUAUUCCUUCUGAAAGCAGCGUACGAGUUAGGAUUACAAGUACUGAGAAUGACUUUACAUUCCCUAGCAUCACAAUCUAAUACGGUCAAUUCUUAUAAGCGGCGUGACGUUGUCAAGUGGAUGGUUCUUUGUGCUACUGAAGUUGGAUUAGAUGCUUUACUUACAAUUAUGCACAAAUGGUCUGAGCUUUUUACCCCCAUGGAAGCCACAAUGCACGUUGCAACUCCUAUUAUGAACCCGGCAACUGUAAUGAAACUGGGACUUGAUUAUAGACAGCAAGAAGAUCUAUCAGCAACUGCAAGACUAUUGGCUUUGCAAUGUGCUCACAAAGAUCCACCAAAUUGUGCUUUAGCUUCUCUACAUCUAUGCGAAAAUAGACCUUGUGAUUUUGAAACUGCAUAUCAAACUGUAUUACGGGCUGGAUCAACAGGAGUUAUGAACUCAAGUCAACUUUUUGUUGUGGCAAAACACAUGGAAACUCGAGGUUCUCCUCCUCGUGCCUACAAGUUAGCAUUAUUAGCAAUCAAAAGUGUGCAGAUCUCAUACAAUAUAGAUAACCAUCCAUCCAUCGGCGAUAUUCAAUGGGCAUUUAACUUAGCAAUGAGCUUAGGUAAAAAUGAGCUUGCUGGUUUAAUUCCAAUAUUAGUGAAAAAUGUUCAAUGUGCAUCCGUCUUAUCUGAUAUUCUUCGCCGUUGUUCUCUUGGUCCACCUGGUUUCACUGCUUAUAUGGACGGUAAACGUCGAUGUUUAAAACCUUUACCGAUGGAUAGAACACCUUUACGUCAACUUUUAGAAGCAGCUAUAUCGGCCUACGUGAAUUCAACGCAUUCAAGGCUCACCCACAUUAGUCCUCGUCAUUAUGGUGAUUUCAUCGAUUUUUUGAGUAAAGCUCGAGAAACUUUCAUGUUAGCACCUGAUGGUAUGAUGCAAUUCCAUUCCUUGAUCGAUAACAUUAAAAUGGCUUACAAAGGAAAAAAGAAACUCAUGUUCCUGGUGAAAGAACGUUUUGGUUGAUCCACAGCCAUCUUUAGUUCUUAAACAUUUUUUUGUCUCAACCAACACAACAACUGCACAAAUUAAUUUAAAGAAAACUAAACAAAAACUAAUUCAUUUUUGCGGCUGCCCUCUUCUUCUUCUAAAUAGUUCUUAUUUAUUGUUUAUAAUAUUCUUGUCUCUGAUACAAAAAGAAAAGGACAAAAAGCAAUCAAUGAAAUAUGGCAGAAGAGAGGAAGAUGGAGGAUAAUGACAAAAUAACAUUCUUCAUACCACCGCUCUUCUCUGCAUUUUCAACAGUUUCACAUCUUCGAUCAUCUUUUUCUCUUUGCUGUGAGCAUUUACCGAAAGGAUUUGUUACAUCUUCUUUUGGCUCAAUAUUUGCGAACAGUGUAUGCAAAAUGCUUCCAAAAUGUACACAGUUAAUAUCCUCAAGUUUCUUUUUUGGUUCGAUCUAAUCAAGCGUGCGUGUUUAUUUUUUGUCUGAUGCCAUGCCUGGCAUGGAAAAUAGUAAAUUAUGACUUUUUUCUCGAAUCGCAUUUUUUUGUUUGUUUGUAAAUUUCACAAGAAAUACAAAUAACAUCUCACCUAUUUUCAUCUUUUCAUCGCCAUCAUGUUCAUCAUCUCUAAUCGUAUCAUCACAAAUCUCAUCCAAUGAUUAAAAAGUCCAUCUCAUCAUCCAACAAUCCUCAUAGAACGAGAUAAGGCUUCGCAAUUCAAAACCCCUUUGUAAUCCAACUGUGUAAUUAUGUGGACUAUAGAGAUAUAUUGAAUGGUAAAGAUUUUUGUGAAGAUAAAAAAGCAUCUUUGAAGCACGCGCAGCGUGUCAAAUACUUUUUUGAAAAGGAUCAAGAAAGGGAGCUGGUCUUCUAUAUUUAUUAUUAUUUAAAGCCUUUUUCAUCAGAGGAUUUAAAAAUGCAAAAAAAAUCAAGAUCAAUUGAGAAAGGAAAAAAGAGAAACUCUUUGGAUUCACUUAUUAAUCUCAACCAUGGUGGAAGACAACUCAGACCAAUAAUCUACUUAAUAAUCAAAGGAGCUGAGUUUCAACAUCAAAAAGCAAUUAAAGCAUCAAAAGAACAACAGUUCAACUUCUCAAGCAUUCAAAGAAUGUAAAGAAGGAGAAAUAACAUUUUCUACUUCAUAAAAACGUCACACCGGUAACAAUAAGCAAGUCCACUUUUCUUCGGUUCAUAACAAUAGACGGUCCGGAGUCGCAGUGGAGAAACAUCCUGGAGUAACAAUCCCAAUUCAGCAUUAAACAACGUUGAAAUUGCAAAAUUAAAAAAAAAUAGCAAAAACAAAACAAAAUCGUGGAGUGCAUCGAGUAACAGCAGUUAAAGUGUUUAUGGUGAUGAAGCUAGUACUAAUUAAAUAUACUUUCUUUCUCUAUCAAUAAUCAUCAAUUUUCACUAUUAACAUUAAACGACUCUAACUUAUCCAACCUCUAAAUCACAAUAGCAACUAUACAAUUAUCAAAAGUCUAUUUAAAUACCAAUCACGCUGCUUCAAGCAUUAACAAAAACCUUUCAUUACCAACCAUAGAAAGAAAAUCAGCCUGAAAUCAUCAUGAAACAUGAAUACAGCAUACAAACACCAUCGUUGUCUCUCCCAAAAAAACUCUCUUUCUCUCUCUCUCUCUCCCUCUCUCACACAAACCAUAUACAUACAUAUACAUAUUCAUAUACAUACAUAAACACACAAACACUCAUCUAAUUUCGUUGUUUUGUAUAAAGCUACCUCAGUUUUUUCUACAGUUUAUUAAAUCUAUCAAUGCAACGCGACCUAUUAUUUCCAAUGAAACAAAAAACCAAAUAAAGCCCAAAAUGGGAAUUAUUUCAAUUAAUAAUUUAAAAA